AUGGUCAAAGCCGUCGCCGUCCUCCGUGGAGACUCCAACAUCAAGGGAACCGUCACUUUUGAGCAGGCCGACGAGUCCUCCCCCACCACCAUCUCAUGGGACAUUACCGGCCACGAUGCCAACGCUGAGCGUGGCAUGCACAUUCACGCCUUCGGUGACAACACAAACGGCUGCACAUCUGCUGGACCCCACUUCAACCCCCACAACAAGACCCACGGUGCCCCCAGCGACGAGGAGCGCCACGUCGGUGACUUGGGCAACUUCAAGACCGACGGCCAGGGCAAUGCCAAGGGCACCGUCACCGACAAGCUGAUCAAGCUCAUCGGCUCCGAGAGCGUCAUUGGCCGCACCAUUGUCGUUCACGCUGGCACUGACGACCUUGGCAAGGGUGGCCACGAGGAGUCCAAGAAGACUGGUAACGCUGGAGGCCGUCCUGCUUGCGGUGUCAUUGGUAUCUCCAACUAA